AUGCCCUCUCCUGCCGUUCAGUCCAUGCCCUCCACCACCGGCCUCCCCGGCGCCCAGCAGUUCGGAACUAUCAGCAUGAUGAACCCGUCUGCCACCGGCUCCUACUACGGCCAGGGUCUUCCCGUUGGAACCACCCAGGCUACCCAGCCCGUGUACCCCUGGCAGCACCUCCCCCUUGACCAGCCCAUUGGUCGCCUCAGCCAACCCGUCCCUGCUGAGCAGAGCCGUGACGGAAUGGAGCUCACCUCCUGGAUGUGCGAACAGCUCAAGGUCCCCGUCGGCACCCGCUGGGGUGGUUCUCCCGUCCAGGUUGUUGCCGUCUCCAAGAGCGAGUCCGAGUGCUAA